GAAACACAAAUGCACAAAUAUUAGUCAUGCCAAGAAAAUAAAGCACUUAAUACUGAAACUGAAGUAGAAUUUCAGAAGUUGUUCUUGUGUACAGUGUGUCUGGAUCUCCUGAAGGAUCCAGGUAAGAAUAGAGAUCAAAAUAUACAGCUUAUAGUUUAUUUAUAUAAGAGGUAUAUUUGUGUAUAAAAGUUGGGUAUCAUAGUGUUAUCCUAGUCCCCAGCAAUGUUUUCAUAACACAAAUGUACUAAUGUUUGUCAUGCCAAUAAAGUUGUACUAAUGUUUGUCAUGCCUAAUACUGAAAUUGAAUACUGAGAGAGAGUGUGUGAAUGUGAGUAUGCCUGUGUGUUUGUGUGUGUGAAGACUGAAGCCAACUGAAAGACUGAAAAAAACUGAUCUAUCAGUGUGAUCAUGAAGGGAGUGUAAAUCUGUACAGUUAUUAGUCCUGUAGUUCAAGUGUAGUAAUUAGGAUGCAGAAUUAAUCAAGUUUUUAAAACUAUUGACCUGCUUCUCUGUAACUUGUAAUAUUUGAGUGUUUGUCUGAGACUGAUAUCAAGCAGACAUUUCAUUAUCAGGGUUCCCCAUUCCUAGUCCAGGAGAGUCACUUUCCCACAGAGUUUAGUUUGAUCUAAAUUAAACAGACCUGAUUCAACUUCUUAAGGUCUUUGCAUUAACGGCCAGGUGUGUCGAAACUAAACUCUAAAGGAUCAGGAACCUGCUUCACAGACACACCUGUUAAACACACGUAACAAACACAGAACCAGGAAACAGGAAUCUCAUGAGUUCAGUGAAAGAGAAACUUAAGUGCAGUUGAGCUGUUGUGUGUUUGUGUCUCUGUAUUCAAGCAGUAACAUGGCAGGAGCCAAAGUUUUUCAGGAUGAGUUCUUGUGUCCAGUGUGUCUGGAUCUCCUGAAGCACCCAGUGACCAUCCAGUGUGGACACAGUUACUGUAAGAUCUGUAUUACAGACUGCUGGGAUCAGAAUGAUAAAAUGGGAUUCUACAGCUGUCCUCAGUGCAGACAGACCUUCAGUCCAAGACCUGCUUUAUCUAGAAACACCAUGCUGGCUGAAGUGGUGGAGAAACUGAAGAAGAAACUGAAGAAGAGGAAACGUCCUGCUGACUGUGAUGCUGGAGAUGGAGAUGUGCAGUGUGAUGUCUGUACUGGAAGAAAAUACAAAGCUGUCAAGUCCUGUCUGGUGUGUCUGAACUCUUACUGUCAGAAUCACCUCGAACAACAUGAGAGUUGGUUUAGAGGAAAGAGGCACAAUUUGACAGAAGCCACUGGACGACUGCAGGAGAUGAUCUGUCAGAAACAUGAGAAGCUCCUUGAAGUUUUCUGUCGCACUGAUCAGAAAUGUUUAUGUGUGCUGUGUACGAUGGAUGAACAUAAAAACCAUGACACUGUAUCAGCUGCAGCACAGAGGACAGAGAAACAGAAGCAGCUGAAGGAGACACAGAAGACGCUCCAGCAGAGAAUCCAGCAGAGAGAGAAAGAUCUCCAGCAGCUGAGAGAGACUGUGGAGUCUCAUAAGCGCUCUGCACAGACAGCAGUGGAGGACAGUGAGAGGAUCUUUACUGAGCUCAUCCGCUCCAUUGAGAGAAGCCGCUCUGAGCUGAUACGACUAAUCAGAGAUCAGGAAAAGACUGCAGUGAGUCGAGAUGAAGAACGACUGGAGCGACUGGAGCAGGAGAUCAAUGAUCUGAGGAGGAGAGACGCUGAGCUGGAGCAGCUUUCACACACACAGGAUCACAUCCAGUUCCUGCAGCACCCGAGGCAUUAAACGCAGAGGAAAGCAGAGCGGAGAGACUUACCAGGAAUAUCCUCUCCAGCUGAUCCUGAAUGUCCUUCAUGCCCGGGAAUGCCGCCGCUCCCUGGAUCAUUUCCA